AAUGAAACUGCACUAAAAAAAUACGCUUAUAUCAAGAUCAUGUCCAGCUGCGUGGGAGAGGAAGCGAUAAUGCAGCUCGAAGGCGCGAUGAAGGAAGCGGAGAGCAAGUGCCAAGGAGAUGACAUGAUGGAUGACAUGCCCUCGCUGAGGUCCUACCUGAUGGAGCUGAGGGAAGCUGCAAGUCGGCCAGUAUACGUCCCGGUCCCCAUCUAUCAGCCAUACAUUUUCCACCAGCAGCCAGGUCUUCAACAAUCUAACCAGUACCCCCAGUAUACACAGUACUCCCAGUUUAACCAGGUUCCCCAGUCUUACGUCUUCGGUUAUAAUCAGUACCAGACCACCAACAGAGCCAAGCGAAACGCAGACUAUGGAAAAAUGGAAGAAAUGAUGACUUCAAUGCAGUCCAAGAUUAGCAACAUCACCUGUAUUCUAAAAGAACUGAAAUAUCUUGAUGAGAACAACAACAUCGACAUCAGUGAAACCACGAAGAGCAUCAUGAACUUCGAUGUGAGCGAUGAACUCAAGGAUGACCUCAUGGAUGGCGCCACCAUGUGCAGGGACUUCGCCAUGUGUCUGCCUGUCGAGAAAGCCAAGAGCCCGCUGAAGAGGGAGCUCGGUGUCCCUCUCGGAUUCUUCAAGUGCUUGGUCAUGAAGAACUUGGAAGCCUGCAUGAAGAACGACCUCAGGGAGAAGGCUGCGCGGAUGGGGCAAGAAAUGCCCAUGAUGGACGACGAAGCCAUGAUGAUGUCACCAAACAGCCCCAAUGACCUCUUCCAUGACCUCGUGUUCUCCGGCAAGUUCUAAAGGAAGAGGUCUAAAUAAAGGUUCUAAUCUCAGGUUCUGAAUUGAACAUGGUUCAAAGGACGCUUCACUUUAAUUUCUCAAUGCUUGACUGAUGACUCAAUAGUUACGUAAGGUUUCGGGAAUAUGUUAUUUUUUAUUAAUCGUGGAAAAGAAGGAUAGAUAAAUGAAUAGUUAAUAACACUAGUAAGAAAAGAACUGCGCUUUAGUGUUCUAUGUUGGGUUCUCUAUUUGACUCUUUUAAAAUGACUAUGAAUAUAUGAAGAAUUCGGGAAUUGCCCCCCCCCC